UCCGGUUCCGGUGUGGCGAGGAGGAGCAGAGGCGACGCAUCAUCAUCCCACUCACACAGGUCAAGUUCUUUUAUUUUUAAAUAUACAACGUGAACAACGUUUUGAAGUCAAGAUUUACUUUACUUCAGCAUGGCUUUAGUUUGUAUAGCAGUAUUUGAACAUGCCGGGAUUUGUACGUGAUUUCCUGUAAAUUUGUGUGUGUGUAAUCUGAUCGAUGUUGUGCAAAAACACACAACACGUGAGAGUCAACACUAGAAGAAAGUGCAGCAGCCUUUUGAGCAAUGUUUGCACACUGAGAGAAUCAGAUGAUUUUUUAUUAUUUGCUUUGGUGUAUUUAUAUAAGUAUAAAUAUAACAAAUAUAAAAGUAGAAAACAAAAACAACAACAAUAAACAAAACUGUGAGCACAAGGGGAGGGAUUUGGCAAUAUGUUGUAAGUUCACACACGAGACUGGAUUGUGCAACGUAUCGUUAGUCCGUUGUUUGCCAAGGGAAGUUAAAGAGUUAUCCAGUUUGAGUUAUUUAUUUAAAUUAUGCAGGUUUUUAAUCAUUUACAUUGUUUACCAACCAUCGCAUUGCUGUAACACUUUACUUCAGAACCCCUUUUAUCUCACGGAAAAGUCUAACCACUCCAAGGCCUGUGCCAACACUUUGAAGCAGUACUACAGUUUCACCUCUGGAGGAUGCUGUUUCUUUGAACAGACACAUACACACACAGAGCGUUAUAAUAUAAAGUUAGAUGUUAGGUGUUGCACCAUGUAUCUGUCCUGUAUCAAACAUUGCACAUUACUGUUUUAUUAUCUCAUUAACAACUCAUUACAUCAACUGUUCAGCUGAAGGACUGCUGGUCAAGUUACAGUCGGACUCAUGUCUCACAGUCAGUACAGUCCUGUGGUGCAGGCAUGUUUUCAACAGGUGAGGUCAGGCGGGGAGGAGGAGGAGGAGGAGGAGAAGUAGGAGGAGGAGGAGCCAGAAGAAGGAAGCAAGACGACUCCAGACCUGUGGACUCACGGGAGCUAGAGGAGAAGUUGACUUUCCAUCUAGUAAACUUGGCUGCUGGAAGAGAUAAAAAGGAGUAUGUCAUCAUAAAGGGGAUUAAGAGAAGGAUCAGGCCAAAGAGCCUUGAAGCCCUGUCUGAGCCUGAGCGGCUGCACUUUACCAAGUCUGGACUUGCUGUCUCAAUCCAGGCAGAUUUACAGCGCAGAUGGCACAGCAGGAGGAACCCCUGUAUGAUUUCCCGGAGCCCACCCAGUCAACAGAGCGGCCGUUCCAGGGGCAUCAAAGGGGACAAGGCUCCUUGAGAAGCGUCAGCGUGCUGGACCGCCUCCUGCUCACCGUGCCUGUCUGGCUUCAGCUGUCAAUCAACCCUGCUACCGCGCUUCACAUACUGCAGAGAGAGCCUCCAGGGACAUUCCUGGUGCGGAAGUCUCGCACAUCUCAGAGAAACGUUUUGUGCGUGCGGCUGGUGGACGACAGCGUGCCGUCCUUCGUUCGGCAGUUUGGCAUCAGGGAGGAACAGAGCACUCUGUGUCUGGAGACUUCGGCCAUCAGUUUUCCAGAUCUGCCGAGACUCAUUUCUUUCUACUGUGUCAGCAGAGAUGUAUUACCUUUCCCUCUGGAGCUUCCUGAAGCCAUCGCAAAGGCGACAUCACACAAAGAGCUGGAGUCCAUCUCACAUAUGGGAAUAGAGUUUUGGAGUUCACAGCUGAACGUCCGAGGGCCGCGGGACGCCCCCAAGCCUCAGAAGGACAAGGAGAAGAAGCCAGACUCUGUAACGCCAGCCCCACCUGCUGCUCCUCCACAGACCAGAUCUGAAGGUACUUCUCAGCCCGACUCAGACCACCAGCCCAAGACAGCACCUGAACAGGACGCAGCCACCAGUCAAUCAGCUUCCAACCCCACACUGUUCCAUGAGUUUUGUCCAAUCACGACGCGCAGCCCCGGGGAGUUGGACUAUGGAACCGGCUUGGGCGCUCUCUGCUUCAUCAAUCCGCUUUUCCUGCAGUAUCAGAACGUUUUGUCCCGACGGCAACUUCUCAAACGCAGCCUCAAAAUUCGAAUUUCCACAGAGACAUCCACCAUGCUGCCACCGCCGCUCGCUCCACCACCUCCACCGCCUCUCAUGCCCAAAACUAAGGGGAGGUGUAAAGCACAGAAAAAGAAACAGGUUGAUGGAGGCGCCCAGCUCAGUGGAAGUCUUUCUCAAGGUGGGAACCUAAGUCAAGCCACCACCCAGGGGGAUCCCACAGCUCAGGACACCUCAGAGACUCUGACACAAACACAGGAAGGUCCCACUGGAGCGCAAACACAGCUUCCGUCUGCAUCUCCUCUCUCCCAGCCUGAGGAGCAGGAGCCGGGUCAAACUAAAGCUCGAUUCGAGGGAGCAGAGGCUGCCCAGCUCCCAACGGUGAUAGACCAUCUCCAAGAGGACUCAGACUACAUGCAGCCCUCUCCAAUUAUCAGCUUCUCCCAACCUCCCUCACUCUCCCCUUACAUGGCACCUCCUCUUUUCCCGAAAUUAUCAUUGUCCCACACUCCUCGCAGCUCCCCCGGUAUUUCUCCCUCUCUCUCCCCUUAUCAAUCCCCAAGCAUGUCUCCCAAGGCCCCCUUUGGUCUCUCUCCAUACGACUCCCCCUGUGCCUCACCUUCCCUUUCACCUUAUCAGUCCCCAUCACUUUCUCCAAAGACCGCCUUCCCCCUGUCUCCCUUCACUGCCUCACCCUUCUCUCAGCUGGCCGAGCAGGUGUAUCACAUACCCUCGGCCACCGCUUUAAGACCCGAUCAGCAAAGAUCAGAGCCAGACGCUGGGGAGAAAGGGGCAGCCACUGAUGGAAAUAAGGAGGAAGAAGAUGAAACGAAUGAGGAAGAGGAGGGUUUGGUUUUACAGAUGAAUGCUGCUUUUCUUAAUGACACGGACAGCUGCAGUUCCUUUAGCAGUCUCGAGGGGGCAGCAGAGACUCCAACUUGUUCACUGCAUGACAGUGUGAAUCUCUAGCAGAAAUACAAGACUAUUAAUUAUUAUAUUAUGUGAUAUAAUAAAGUAACGUGUACAAUUAGCGCAGAUAUGUUGACAUCAUUCAAGGAGCGUAGAAGUUUAUCACGCACAUACCGAAUGUUUUUUGAUUUAUAAAGACGUGUUAAUAGAAAUUUUGUACAGUUUCUAUCAACCUCUGUUUUCCGAGCAUACAAUAAAAUAUGACAGAUUUUGUACCCGACAGGAUUUCCGUAUCUCCUGAGAUCUAAAUUGCAGAUUUGAAACUUUCUUGAAAAAUCACUGCUGUUCAGCAUUAAAUAUCAGAAUGACUUUGAGAGUU